UGUGCACAGGGAGAUUGAUUACGUAAUGUGUCUUUACUCCACUGACGAUUACGGAAGAUGCCCACAGCUUCGAAGCACGCACGUCGCGAGAUCUGGGGGCAGUCGUGGGGUUUUGCGCGUGGAAAGGUUGAGCCCGUGGUUUAGCCGAGAUCUGGAGCAUACGAUGGCCGGUGCAGUGUUAAAAUGAUAUAAAACGGAUUGACUGAAUAUGAGUGAUGACAAACCCUUCGUAUGCACUGCUCCUGGGUGUGGUCAGCGGUUCACCAAUGAAGACCAUUUGGCCGUCCAUAAACACAAACAUGAGAUGACACUAAAGUUUGGUCCAGCUCGGAAUGACAGUGUCAUUGUUGCUGACCAAACACCAACACCCACUCGCUUUUUGAAGAACUGUGAAGAAGUGGGACUGUUUAAUGAACUUGCUAGUCCUUUUGAACAUGACUUCAAAAAAGCAACAGAAGAGGACAUCAAAAAGCUCCCCUUGGACUUGUCCCCACUUGCUACGCCAGUCAUCAGAAGUAAAAUUGAGGAGCCCUGUGCUGCAGUCUCCCAGCGGGACAGUCCCCUGCCGCACCCCGAGUCCACCACCAGUGAUGACAGGGACGUUUCUCUGCAGCCCACGUCCCAGCCGGCUUCCACCAUCAUCCGCCCCGCGUCUCUGCAGGUGCCCAGCGUCCUGCUGGCGGGUCCAGACGCCAGCCUGGUGGUCCAGCCCACCCUGCCCUCGCCAACCUCCAGCUCUGUCAUUACACAGGUCCCAUCCGCCAACAGACCCAUAGUCCCCGUGUCUGGAACCUUCCCCGUGCUUCUGCAGCUUCCCAAUGGACAGACGAUGCCUGUCGCUAUCCCAGCAUCCAUUGCAAACCCAAGUGUGCAUAUUCCCACUACCAUGCCUCAGCUGGUCAGACCUGUCACCGUAGUGCCUAACGUCCCAGGAAUCCCAGGCCCCUCAUCACCACAACCCAUCCAAUCAGAGGCCAAAUUGAGGCUGAAAGCGGCUCUGACUCAGCAGCACGCUCAGGUACCUAAUGGAGAGGCGGGAGAUGCCCAGACCAGUGCUGUCACUCAUACUAAUACUCCGCCCCCUGCCCCAGCUGAGGAGCCCUGUCCACAGUCUCUGCAGCAGCCUGCCACCUCUACCACAGAGACACCUGUGAGUGCCUCCCCGGCGCCCCCCGCCCAGCACACCCCCAGCACGGGGGGGCGGCGACGCAGGGCCAUGAGCGAGGACCCCGACGAGAAACGGCGCAAGUUCCUGGAGCGGAACCGCGCGGCCGCCUCCCGCUGCAGGCAGAAGAGGAAAGUGUGGGUCCAGUCCCUGGAGAAGAAGGCCGAGGACCUCAACUCCCUCAACGGGCAGCUACAGAGUGAAGUCACCCUGCUGAGAAACGAGGUGGCUCAGCUCAAACAGCUCCUCCUGGCUCAUAAAGACUGCCCUGUGACCGCCAUGCAGAAGAAAUCUGCCUAUCACAACGCCGAGGAGGACAGCGAGGUGAUGUCGGUCCCCGGAAGCCCCCAGGCCGAGGCCAUCCAGCACAGCUCCGUAAGCACCUCCAACGGGGUCAGCUCCUCCUCCGCGACCCCGGCCGGCCCCGCCCCCGGCCCCGCCCCCGCCCCCGCCUCCCAAGCGGACCACAGCACGGAGGAGAGCCGACCGCCGGCGGGAGGCGACGCGCCCGCCCAAACCCAGCCGUCGGGAAGCUGAUCGGACGAGCCGCCGCGUUCCUCACACGACCGCUGGGGGCGGUGCCGGAGGACCUGUCACUCAUGCCCGUGUCAGAGACUGCUGUAUUUAUCUUUCCUGUUGAUUUUCUGUUUAAUUUAAUUAAUUUUUUUAAGGUGUUAUUGUUUUAUUUAUGUUACUUAAAUGCCAAAUCCGUCUUAUUUAAAAGGAAUGGACACUCGGGACGACGUGAAAUCCGGACCGAUUUCUCAUUUCUGUUUCCCGUGGUUUGCCGUUUACCGUUGAUUGUAUUUAUUCGAUUAUUUAAAUAAUUCCAUGCGCUUGAUUUGUGGAAGCUUUUGAGCACCGUAAAUGUUUUGCGUGUCACUUUCCAGCGGACGAGGCGGUGAUUUGUUAAUGGGACAUUCCUACCAAAGUGUGUCCGCGAGCUCAUUGGCUCAUUCACUUUAUGAUUUUCCGUCGGUUUGAAGCACUAUCAGGAGGCGUGAGGAGAAGACGUCACUUUCGUUUCGUUGCCUUCUUUCAUUUUGCACACGAGGAAGAGAGGUUUUACAUUUUUUAUUUUUUUUAACAGAUUUUGGCUGUAUAGCAGUUUGAAGUCCUGGCUUUUAGAAUAGGUUUUGAUACUUGUCUUGUUACUGAACCCCCCCCCAUCAAUUUGAACUGAAAUGGGGGGGGGGGGGCGAGGCAGGAUAUUUUGUGUGCGUGAGUAGUGUGGCUGCCUUUGCAGUGGCGCGGUGUCGUUUGAAUGUCGCCGGUUGCCUCCACUUGUAAAAUAGUCUGAAAGGAGCAGCUUGGAUUAGAAACGUGUGUUUUAAG